AUGUGGGAUGUAAUCAAUAAUGCACCAAUCGUUGUUAUGAUGGUCAACCCACAUGCAGCAACUCAAGGUGUUGAUGCUAAUCAGAUGAUCCCGAAACCAAAACCUCAACUCACCUCGGAAGAGAAAACGAAAUGCACGACUGCCAAGGAGAUUUGGGAUACACUUAUGAAUCUGGGUGAAGUUUAUGAACAGGAGAAAGAGAAUAAGCUCACUAUGGUUCUGAAGAAAUUUGAAGACUUUAAGAUGAACCCAAAUGAGACUAUAAGUCAGAUUGAGUUUCGGUUUAUGAAACUACUGGGCGAAAUUUCAGAUCUAGGGAAGGAGCCAACCCGAAAAGAGAUCAACCUAAAGAUCCUUCGUGGACUUCCAAAAUCAUGGAAAAUGAAUAGGGAUGGGCAUUUCGAUUCGGGUAACCGAGCCGAACCGAAAAACUGA